UGCAACGAUACACAUACUCCGCGCAUCAAGAUGUGGCUUUUUCAAGAGACGAUAGGAAUUUGAAAGGAAAAGAUGGAGAAACUAGAUCAUAUAGACAGAAGAUGUUGCUUAAAAAAGCAAUGAAAGUAGUACACCAUGCGAGUCUGUCUAAAGCUGGGAAUGAUAAAGCACUAGAGAUGAUGGACGAAUUAUUAGGGUUAUUGAUGCGUGUGGAGCCUGAUAUAGGUACUGGUGAGAGUUGUGGCACAAGUGUUUGCGAUGACAUCCAGGUCGAAGCGUAUGAAACAGAAGAAAUGGCUAUAGACAACUUACGCAAAUUAGAUGAUGGGAACGAGGAAAUUUUAAUGGGCUCUAAUACAAAUGAAUGCAAUACUAAGGAUGAUCAAUGUAAUAUGCAGAUAUUAACAUUGGAACAUAACACUGACAUUCGGCUGGUUGAGAGUAGUUCUAUGGAUGUGGAAGCUAGAAAGAAACUGGAAUUUCAUAUGGAAGGUGUAAACUUAGCAAGACCAGAUAAGGCCAAGCCUAAGGGAAGAACAAUCAAAAGUAGUGAGCAACAAGUUUUAAAAUUGGGUGCGAAAGGAGCUAAGAAGAUGAGCAGGAAAUGCCAGAAAUGUGGCAUAGCUGAUGGUCACAACAGCCGUACGUGUUUAACUGUCGAGGAUAAUAGGGUUCGAUUGGCUAACCUAUCUGGACGUAAGCGAGGACGGCCUCCUGGUUCAAGGAACAAAAUCAUAGCUGCAACCCCGCAAUGGAAUGAGACAUCAACGUCGAAAAAACGAACGGUGGAUGUCGGAGAUGAUGAUUCAUCUGGUAGAGAGUAG